CUUGCUUGUUCUUCGCUUCGGGCUUUGUCCCUAUUGUUACCGUUUCACCCUCUUUCCACUACCAACAUCAUACUGCCACCAAGUUCUUCUCUGAAAAUCCUCUUUUAAACCUUUAGUUUACUGAACCAGUGUCAUCAAUAUUUCUCACUGAACAAGCAGGAAGUCCAACUCAAUUCUGUCACCUGUAGCAAGGGAAACCCUAUCUUUUCUUUUGUAGCGUUCAUAUGCUUUUGCACUGGUUUUCUACAUGGCUGUCACCGCAGGAAUACCAAGAAAUACAUGAUUUGAAUCAGCACGAAGAGGAUGAAGGUUGGAUUGAGGUUUCUGUUCCUCAUAUGAAAUCAUCGGCCAACGGAGCUGCUCCAACGUCCCAACGAACGCUUUCAACAUUGUCCCCCAAGGAAAGAAAUCCGACAGCAGCCCCUUCAGUCACUCCAACUUCUCCUUUAAAUCUCUCUGUGCCUUCUACUGCUGCUACUCAAACCAUUCCCGCCGCUAAUUCUGCUCCGUUCCCUAUCGCUCAGAAAGAAUAUUCAGCCGAGAACGGACAACAAGAGAAGCGCAUGUCACGUCAGGAACGUCGUUUGAAAGCCCGUACAUCAGCCAAGGAGAAAAAGAAGCAAGCGAGAACGGUCCUUAGCAUGAGCUAUAGUAAGACGGGUGGUAUAAAUAACUGCAUGCCCUCUGCCAAGGUGUCUGUCUCCAUGGAACACUAGUUCAACUAAUGCUUUAUUAUUUGAAUCUCGCAUGGAUAUAAAGCAAGGCAAUGAAUAAACCACCGUGAAGAUGGGGACCACGUGAUUGUACAAUACAAAUAAAAUGAAAACAAAGAAAAAAUGGGAAGACAUUCUAACUAUGAGCAGCAAUGAUCUUUGUGGAUGUGGUUGGAUUAUUGUCUAUUUCAUAAACUGAAUUGCUACAGUCUUUUGUCCUCGCGG